CGGUCCUCAUCCCACUCCUGGGAUGUUAUCAAUUAGUAUGGAAGAAGAUGAGUUCUUUGGAGAAAAAACAUUCCAGCGUUUUUGUGCAGAAUUCAUUAAACAUUCACGGCAGAUAGGUGAUGGCUGGGAAUGGAGAACUUCGAAGGAUUGUUCUGAAGGCUACAUGUGCAAAACAUAUUUUCAAAUUAAACCUGGGACAGUGGUGUCAUAUCUGGGAACAUCUGCCCAUGUACAGACAUGUCUUCCCACGGAGGAGGCUUUAGAGCUACCCCUGGAUGAUUUUGAAGUGACUGAGACCACAACGGGAAGCGAAGUGAUUAAAUAUGAGUAUCAUGUCUUAUACUCCUGUAGCUACCAAGUGCCUGUGCUUUACUUUAGGGCAAGCUUUUUAGAUGGAAGACCUUUAGCUCUGAAGGACAUAUGGGAAGGAAUCCAUGAGUGUUAUAAGACACAGAUGCUGCAGGAGCCAUGGGACACCAUUACCCAACAGGAGCAUCCAAUACUUGGGCAACCCUUUUUUGUACUUCAUCCCUGCAAGACGAAUGAAUUCAUGACUCCUGUAUUAAAGGAUUCUCAAAAAAUCAAUAGGUGCAUACUAAAUAUUUUUCAUUUGAUCUAUUCUGACAAGUUUUACUUCAGUCUUAGAUGUUAAAGCAUCUUUGGGUUCUUGUCCUCUGCUGCUUCUCCUGAGGUGGAGCUUUAUACCCUCUUUCGGAUUAUGCCUUUGCCAGUGACACUGAGGAACUUUCCUCUAAAAUGGCCCACUCUUGAACCCUCUUACACUGUUGGUGGGAAUGCAAGCUGGUGCAGCCACUCUGGAAAACAGUAUGGAGGUUCC